AUGACUGGACGCGACAAGCGAGGAAAGUGUUUUGGCAAAGGAGGAGCCAAGAGGCAUAUAAAAGUACUCCGUGACAACAUCCAAGGUAUCACCAAACCCGACAUCAGAAGACUGGCAAGGCGAAGAGGUGUAAAACGUAUUUCGGGUCUCAUCUACGAGGAGACCAGAGGCGUGCUGAAGGUGUUCUUGGAAAACGUCAUCCGUGACGCAGUCACCUACACCGAACACGCUAAGAGGAAGACCGUUACCGCCAUGGACGUCGUCUACGCUCUCAAGAGGCAGGGUCGUACUCUGUACGGUUUCGGCGGAAAGGGUUUGGGCAAAGGAGGAGCCAAGAGGCAUAGGAAAGUACUCCGUGACAACAUCCAAGGUAUCACCAAACCCGCCAUCAGAAGACUGGCCAGGCGAGGAGGUGUAAAGCGUAUUUCGGGUCUCAUCUACGAGGAGACCAGAGGCGUGCUGAAGGUGUUCUUGGAAAACGUCAUCCGUGACGCAGUCACCUACACCGAACAAGCUAAGAGGAGGACCGUUACCGCCAUGGACGUCGUCUACGCUCUCAAGAUGCAGAAUCGUACUCUGUACGGUUUCGGCGAUUAA